GGCCAUGAAGUCAGUCUUGGCGCAAUCAGCCUGCCCACGUGAUUCCAACCCCCGAUCGAGAUCUGACGCGUCCGCAUCCCCGGAGUCGUGCCGCGAGCUCGGUGCCAGGGUCUCGCGCGAAGUUCGAACCACCGCGAAGUCCCGUUCGACAGCUGCUGCCCCAACUUCCGCACAACGCGCACCCCCGCGGCGAGCCUGCAGUACAUGCCAGCCAACCCCCGGAGGCAGGGUGCAUCGGACGACGACGUCCAGUUCUUGGGGUUCCAGCGCGUCGACGUCUCGAAGAGCACCCUCCACAGAGUUAAGCUCGAGGAAGAUGGCCUAGUUUUUACUGGCUUCCAAAACUCUCGAGACUACCCCAGGCGCCCGCCCCCGGUUAUGCAGCGCGCACGCUCACCAGCCGUGAUCGACCUUGUGUCUUCGGACAACGAGGGCGAGCCUGGGCGCGCCCCGAGCGCGCCCGCACUAUCCUUGUCUUCAGCAUCCCCCACCUUGGUUUCUUCCAAGCCGCAGAGCGCGAGCUCAACGCAGAGGAGCAACAGUGCGCGCAUGUCGGAGACGACAGCUGUGGAUGCCCCGAGGGGAGCGCCUCCGCGACCCAGGGUGGGAUUUAGACCCUCGUCACCUUCAGCCCUCGCCAAACGAGUGGUCCCGGGAGAGUUCACUCUCCCCGGAAGGGCAAAACGGCGCAAGAAGGAGGAACAGCGGCAGGCCAAACAAUCCCCGCAGAGCUCAGCACCGCCGAGCUCCUCAAAACGGAGCCGUCCAGAUCGACGUUCAGCCUCUACAUCGAAGGGGCCCCCAGACACGGAUGUCAUCGUAAUAUCCAGCGACGAUGAACCUGAGCCCAAGAGACCACGCAGAAGACUGAGGAUCCCUAUCCAGCCUGAUGCUGUUGAACCGGAACGUGCACGGUCGCAUUCAUAUUCUGGGCAGGAGACAUGGCAGAACCAAGAUGUUCCUGAUUCCGUACCGGUACCGUCCAGCCCCGCCGCAGGGCUGCGGGAGUCAGACGCAGAUGGCAGGUCGGACAACUCGGAGGACGAGUACUCCAUGGCCCACGACGCGCUAGUUCUGAAUAGGAGGGCUAACUGGAAGCCGACGCCGUACUCUGACCGGUCGCGGAUACGGGACGAAGACCUAUCCGCUAGACUCUCCGAGAUGACCAUCUCCUCGCAGCCGCCAGCCAACGGAAGUCGUCGGCUACGAGGCAGGAUCAACCCGCCAGAACGCAACAUCAUGCCUGUGUACGAAGACUACUACGGCAAACCAUACGUAUGGACGAGGUCAUGCGGAUAUCGCAAACGCCGCACGGACAACUUCACUACUCUGCGGGGGCUUUGCCCAGUAGUCGGGCUGGCGCACGCACCAGGGGCUAUAAACCGCAUCGUGCAAUCCAACGGUAUCAUUGCCAUCGCAAGCGCAGCUGCUGGCGGCGACGAAGAUCCGGCCGAGCUGUCGGCCGUAGACCCGUACAAUCGGGAAGGUGCCUUGUCAGUGUGGUAUGAGGGCAGACAUCGUACACUGCAUGCACACGAACGAAUGCUCGACGAUGUCGAUCCCCAGGCCGUCGAACAUUUUUCGCUUGCUCCAGUGACAAAACACUAUGCGGUGCAGGACGUGCAGUUCAACCCUGCGUAUCCGACUCGGAUAGCCUCGAGCGCUAACGACCUCACGGUGCGCAUCUGGGACUGCGACCAAGUGUUCAACGAGGACGAGGAAAGUCCUGAGGACGAGGCAAAUCCCGAGGAUAAGCAAAGCCCCGAGCCGGUCCACACAGGUGAGAGUGUUCAGUCGCUGUGUGACUCCAUUGACGAGGUUCGGACACAGAGGAGUACGAGUGCACAAUGGGUAAGUUACUCUUCAAGCCUGGUGAACCGGUACUAGCUAUGGGUGGGCACGACGGCUCUGUCUAUGUGCUCCGAGACGAAGGGCGAACGCCGAUUGCAAGCC